UCCAAUAUGCCCUAAGAUCAUGACACCUAACUCCGACCGCAUGAAGUAGUACCUUCAUUGGAUUGAAGGAUUUCGGCUAGAGGCUUGGACCACAGACACCGCCAUACGAUCCGUCGUAAAUACCUUAUCUCUAGUAGGGUUGUGUUGAGGCCCAGAGAAGUCUUGAAGGAACAUGCGGGGUUCGUACGCCCGGGCGGCAAUGCAGUCAGAUACUAACACAUGUUACCACGGGCGUAGAAUAGAACCAAUGACUGAAGACGAUAUCGCUGAUGCAUUGCGCAAUUCUUCGGGGCAUUCAGCGGGCGUUGUGGGUGAUGCUUCAUGUGAGCACAGCUGUGUGUACGAAGAUGGAUCGCCUGGAGCGCCGACGGCCUUCGGAAUUUCAAUAAACUGUCGCAAACACACAUUCUUUGAAUCACGGAUACACAUGCCUACACGACGUCGACAUGUUAUCUCAGCGUCUCGAUACGUGCGCCUUGCAACAGGCUUCGCCGAGACCAGGCUGUCCGUCAAUCUCAAUAUCGUGUGUGAUGUAACAAACCCAGAUACAGCGCAUCUUGCCCAUAAGGUAACCUACACUUCCAGAACAUGUUGCAUUAUAUCGUGUAAAGAGAGCAUCUCUACGAUCUCGGAAAAGGUAUAUCGCUAUAUCCUGUGCACACUGAAGGUUCUGCGAACAGAGCAGAACCAUUGACUCGUUGUGCGCGUGUCGAAGUAUUGGAGCAUACCCUGUCAGGUCGCUUGGGACCACCGAUCGGGGGCAACGGUUGCGCGGAUUGCCCGUCAAUGUCAACAGGGGUUCAGCGGCCGCGCUAGGAUGGUCUGGUCGUUAGCGU